AUGGAACAAACCUAUUCUGACACUAGUGCUGGUGAUAAAAUUGAGGUAUACGAAUUCUUGGAGGCUUUGGGAUUAUUAGAUAAUGAAGUCUCGCCCGUCAACAUGGAUGAUGAUGACAAUAACGAAUCUGACAUCGACGAAGAAGAUAAUGCUUUGAAAAAACUUUAUCAAACCCGGGAAGCUCGUCAUCGGAACAUUGUACUCAUGGAAUUUACCAGACGUCUUCCAGAUAUAUCUGAUCAAGAAAAAAAUAGAUUAUUCGACGCAUUCUCUAGGUCUAAUGCAUUUGGAGUGAAAGAACAUAAUGUACUCUUGGAUGCGUUAGCCGAUCCCGUGAAAGGUUGGGAUCUUAAUAAUUAUUGA